AUGGGGGAUGAUAAUCGGGAUAUAGGUGUAAUAGCAAGAAGUUGUAAUAUCAAUAAACCUAACAAUGUUGUAGGUCCUAAAUUAGGUUUGAAUAUGUCUCAUGUUUGGAAUUAUUUUGACAAACCUUUAUCUCCUUGCAUGAGUAGUUUUACUAGUUUAUCUGAAAUUGUUUCUUUAGAUUUUCCAAUCGCUCGUCAGGAAAGAUCAUAUGAUAAGUGCUUCAGAUUCAGGAAAACCCACUCCAUAAUGCUUACCUAUGAAUCGUCGCAAGAGGAACUGACAAAUGACAAAUGGGCAUGGCGCAAGUAUGGUCAAAAAUAUAUCAAAGGUUCCCCAUUUCCAAGGAAUUACUAUAAGUGUGACACAUCAAAACACUGUGAAGCAAAGAAACAAAUUGAGAAAAGCUCAAAGGAUGAGAACAUUUUCUUGGUAUCUUGUUUUGGUGAACACAAUCAUGAUCCACCCAUGAGCCGUAGAUAUCUUGCUAGCUGCAACAAUAAUUCAAAAUUCAAGCUUCUAAAAGGCAUAAAUAUUUCACCCAAAGAAUCAAUGUUUAAUGCAUCAUCAUCCUCAUCCAAGCGUGUUAAGCAUUCCACAGAUGUUGCUUCUCCAAUUAUCGGAACUAAGCCUCCACUUAAAAUCGGGAGCAAAAACAAAAUGGUUGUUGCGGUCGUGCAUAACAUACGUGAUGGUGAAGAAAAGGUAGACAUGAACGAAGAUAUUAUCAUGGGUAUUGAUCAACUCUAA